AUGGAACAAGAUCCUGGAUUCAUCGCUGCUGUUGAGGAGGCAAGGCAGGGUCUCGCCGAGGGUGGCGUGCCAAUUGGUGCAGCCCUCGUCUCCAAGGACGGCAAGAUCCUAGGCCGAGGUCACAACCUGCGUGUGCAAAAAGGAAGCGCCAUUCUGCAUAUGUCUGCCCUCGAAAACUCUGGUCGUCUGCCUGCUUCUGCGUACGAGGGUGCGACUAUGUACACCACCCUCUCGCCCUGUGACAUGUGCACUGGUGCCUGUCUGCUCUACAAGGUGAAGCGUGUGGUCAUUGGUGAGAACAAGAGCUUCAUGGGUGGUGAGGAUCUGUUGAAGAACCGCGGUGCGGAAACCGUCGUCCUGGACAACCAGGAGUGCAAGGAUUUGAUGGAGAAGUUCAUGAAGGACAGCCCUCAAUUAUGGUAUGUUUUAGGUGUUUGGUUUGCAGGGCAGAGUGCGAGUCUUGUAUCAGGACUUGCCAAUCUCAUCAUCAAUACUAACUGUAGUGUCCGCUGUUCAGGAACGAGGAUAUCGGUGUCUAACUUGACAAGGCAUGCAUAUAUCAAUCCCACACAUAUCUGGAAAUCGAAUCACCCCUCAAGAAGUGGGAAUACUUUUAAAUCCAAAGUCAUAUCUUUUUAG